UAUGUAAAGAUAAAAAGAACAAAAAAGAAAGAUGGAAAACAAAAAAGGAAACAUUUUGAUGCAACGAUAUGAGGUAGGGAAGUUGCUUGGACAUGGCACGUUUGCGAAGGUCUAUCAUGCACGAAACCUCGAAACAAACCAAAGUGUCGCGGUCAAGGUGAUUGACAAAUCAAAGAUCAUGGAGGCGGGAUUGAUUAACCAAAUCAAACGAGAAAUUUCAGUCAUGAGGCUUGUGAAACACCCGAAUGUGGUCAGGCUUUACGAGGUGAUGGCAAACAAAGCUAACAUAUACUUCGCCAUGGAAUACAUUAAAGGAGGCGAGCUUUUCGAUAAGGUUGCAAAAGGAAGGCUAAAAGAGGACGCUGCCAGAAAAUAUUUUCAACAGUUAAUAUCAGCUGUUGAUUUUUGUCAUAGUCGUGGUGUGUGUCAUCGCGAUCUCAAGCCUGAGAAUCUCCUCAUCGACGAAUCAGGAAAUCUUAAAAUCACGGAUUUUGGUUUGAGUGCGGUGUCUGAGUCCAGGAGGCAAGAUGGUCUUCUGCACACAAUGUGUGGAACACCUGCUUAUGUGGCACCUGAGGUGAUCAACACGAAAGGGUACGAUGGCGUACCGGCAGACAUUUGGUCUUGUGGGGUCAUUUUGUUUGUCCUGCUUGCAGCUUAUCUUCCAUUUUAUGAUGUUAAUUUGAUGAAUAUGUACAAAAAGAUUAGCAAAGGUGCCUUCAAGUGUCCACAAUGGUUCUCUCCAGAGGUCAAAGGCUUGCUUUUCAGAAUUCUUGAUACAAAUCCAACCACAAGAAUAACAGCAGCUGAAAUCAUGGAAAAUUCUUGGUUCAAAAAGGGUUUCAAAAAGGUUAAAAUCCCAAAUGUAAUCACCAUGAAGAACAAUGUGAUACAAAACGUUGAUCUCGAUCUUGAACUUGAUCUUGAUCCUGAAGACACCAUCCAAGAAAUCAAAAGUUCAAGUGGAAGUAGCACUAAUCUUGAAAAACUCAAGAAAGAAGAAACUGCAGAUCCUCCUGCCCCAUUGAAGCCAAUACCAAUGAAUGCAUUUGAUAUCAUAUCAAUGUCCGAUGGAUUAAACCUUUCGGGAUUGUUUGAGGAGAGUGCUCCAAGUGAGAAACUAGAGUCCCGUUUCAUAACGACAGUACCAGCAGCCACAAUCAUGUCAAAGUUGGAAGAAGUAGCAGUAACAGAAGAUUUUAGGGUCUUGAAGAAGUUAGAUGGGACAUUGAUUAUACAGGGGAGGAAAGAAGGGAGAAAUGGUAAGUUAGCCAUAGACGCGGAGAUAUUCGAGUUUGCACCGUCAUUGCACAUGGUGGAGGUGACUAUGUUGUCUGGGGACAUAGUAGAGUAUCAUAACUUCUGUGAAAAAAUGUGA